CAGACCUCUUCUGAAAUCCUCAGAGCCACUUAAUUGCUGUGUGACCGAUGCAGUGCCCAUCUGUGCUCUGGGAAACGGGACAGCCUUUGGAGAGUCCAUUCUGGAUGCCACACCCCGCCAUUCGACCCUCGUUACUGGGGAGCAGCGAACUGCUCCGCAUCAAGCAGAAGGACUUCAAGGCACUAUGCAAGGUGCAUGUUGCUGUCCAAAUAAAGGACCACUCUUCACUGGAUGUCUGAGAACACUGAGAAAAAGAAAAAGAAGGACGUGUGCCCUACCAGGUCUUGCUGUCUCUAAGCUGAACCUGGUCACCUUUUUGAGCAAAAGGAAGAGCUGGGAUGUGAAGAAAAGGAGACAACAGUCAUACACUCAGGUUGCCCUGUCAGCGUUUCAAGGUCAACACCUUUUGCCUGUUGGUGCUGCGGGAAGAGGUGAAGAAGCUGUGCUGACGGUGUUGAAGGCAUAUUUUCAAGAUGCUGAUGUGGUGCCUCAACACGAUAUUGAUGAGAAAAGGACCCAGAGCAGGAGGAAGGAGAGUCGGAAAUGGCAGCGUCUCAGGACCCUCUAUACUGUUUUCAAUAGUGGCUGCACUGGAUUACAUUCCUAUGAACAAUGCAGCCCACCAAAACUGAAUCAAGACGAAAUAAAUAACUCAAACAGACUGAUCACUAGAGCUGAAAUAGAAUCUGUAAUAAUAAUAAGAAAAAACCUCCCUAUAAACAAAAGUCCAGGGCCAGAUGGCUUCACAGGCGAAUUCUACCAAAUAUACAAAGAAGAACUUAUAUGA